AGUCUGCUAUUUCAGCUUUGAUCUCUCGCAUUCUGGCUAGCGUGACAAAAUGGUACAAGUGAAUGUGGUGGCUGUGGGUAGCAGCGGGAAUGAGCGACCUAAAGAAGAACCAAAACUUGGAUGGUUCGUCUACAUGCUAGCAUUCUCCGCUGUCAUAGGAGGAUUCCUGUUCGGCUAUGACACCGGAAUCGUAUCCGCAGCUAUGAUGUAUGUGCCAGAGAACAAAAACCUCAAACCCAUGGGAUCAGUGUGGCAAGAGGUCAUUGUGAGCAUAACGCCAGGUUUUGCCGCUGUUGGCUCCCUGCUUUCUGCUACUGGAUCGGAUCACUUUGGACGUAGAAAAGUUAUAAUCGCUGCCACAUUCAUCUUUACAGUAGGAGCCAUAAUUUGUGGAGCUGCGUGGACAAAAAUAGUGCUCACUAUUGGGAGGAUACUUUUAGGUAUAGCCAUAGGAUUUGCAUCAAUGAUCGUGCCCAUUUAUGUGGGGGAAGCCUCUCCUUCAAAUAUCCGUGGUCGCUUGGUCACUGGCUUUCAGUUUAUGAUUACGGUCGGGCUGGUCACAUCGAACAUCAUUGGAGGAGCAUUCAGCUAUGUGGAUCCCGAGAACUGGGGAUGGAGGCUUAUGUUUGCAUUCGCUGCAGUUCCAUCCAUAAUCCAGUUCAUCUGCUUCCUAUUUCUACCAGAAAGCCCUCGCUGGUUGUAUGAGCAUAACUUCAAAGAAGAAACCGAACAGGUCUUGAGAAAAAUCUAUAAUGGCAACGAGGAAUGGGUAAAAUACGAGUUGGGUGAAAUCAGUUAUGCAUGUAAGAUGGAACAGCUUGCAAAGGAGGAAAGCGGCAUCCAAGAAGGUUCUUCGGUAGUGUUGCGAAUAUUGCGCACCCCACAUGUUCGAAAAGCGCUCUUGAUUGGAAGCCUUCUUCAAGCGUUCCAACAAUUAUCUGGAAUCAAUACCGUCAUGUACUACACAGCGAGCAUUAUUCGAUCUGCAGGAGUGACUAACACGCAUACAACUAUAUGGAUCUCUGUCGGCACAGCCGCAAUCAACGUCAUUGGAACAUUUAUCCCAAUAGCUCUUGUAGAGCGGAUGGGACGACGGAUUCUUUUUAUGAUCUCAAUCACUGGUGUCAUUAUAGCGUUGUUGUUAAUGGGAACUGCUUUCGUUCUCAUCAACAAGGAUUCAGCUGUGGCUCUUCAAAAUGUUACCUUUGACGAUCCUUCACACUCAAGUGUACAGAAGCGUUGUCAAGAAUACAGCAAUUGCGACUUUUGUGUGACAAACGAACAUUGCGGUUUUUGCGCAAUUAAGGGAUCAGAUGCAGGGUACUGUCUUCAGAAAGCUGAAAAAGACCCCGCUUCCGUCGUAGGUCCUUGUAAGGAAGGGAGUAGCCCGGUUUAUGAAUGGGAUGAGAAUUCGUGCAAAACAAAGUAUACGAUUGCUCCCAUUAUUAUCAUGGUCUUCUACCUGCUCUCGUUCGCUAGCGGAUAUGCUCCAUUGCCAUGGGUAGUAAACGCGGAGUUUUACCCACUCUGGGCAAGGAGUACUUGUGUGUCGGUGUCCACCGCAUGUAAUUGGAUCUUCAAUCUAAUCAUCUCACUUACAUUCCUCUCACUUAGUCAAGCCUUGACGAAAUAUGGCACAUUCUACUUAUACGCUGGUUUUACAAUUGUGGCUUUUUGCUUUGUCUACUUCUUCCUUCCGGAAACUCGUGGUUAUUCUAUCGACGAGGUGGAAAUGUUAUUUAUGACGAAAAAAGCCAGACAACGUGCACUUAUGAAGAAAGAAAAGACGGCAGCAGAAGAAAAAAAAUCAAAUAUCUCGGUUAUAAGUGUCGACGAUGGAUACGAUGUAGCCAAAUGAUUAUGUUGUAUAUAGAUAUAGCUUUAAUUUCUGCAAUGUUUGCACCACGAACACUACUAUAAGACUAUCAACAUAAAUGAUUAUGUUGAUGUAUUGCAUC